AGUCUUGUAUGUCAACAUGUUGACGUUACACAUUAAUUGAGAUAAUCGAGACAUGAAAGAACCUUUCAAUGAUCGAAUCAAAUAUGAUGAACAUAUUUUGAAUAUCGUGAAUCGUAACACCCAUCUUCGGUUUCAAAACUUCUGGAGACAUUAGUCAGACACACAUAAAUGUGGCUGUGAGGGUCGGAGAAGCUCUUGAAACGGUUCAAUGCUCCGGAAAAGGACCUAAAAAAUUCAACUGAGCGACUCACGAGUUUAGGACAGCCGACUCCUCGUUCCAGAAUUACUCUGUUGAUUUCCUUGGUCAACUAAACGUAAAUUACGAGCUGGUAAGGAAAAAGUUGUGUUCUUCACUCGUCUUGAAGUUUCAGUGAAACGUCAUCAUGAAGGUCCAGCACUGGUUAUUGUCAUUUUCUGCCGGCUUGUGUUGGCUUUUGGCGCCAACCGGUUCAGAGGCUCAAGGUGACGAUGGAUCAUCGUCAAAGUGGGGGCCUUGGAGCGAGUGGAAACCUUGCUCCCGAACUUGCGGAGUAGGAGUUUCUUAUCAAGAACGAGAGUGCCAGGAGAAGGAAAGACCAGAUGACUUUUGCAGAGGAGGUAACCGCAUUUAUAGAACAUGUAACAUCCAGGAUUGUCCAGAAGGAUCCAGGGAUUUCCGUCUCGAGCAAUGCGAAGCCUUCAACAAUCGGAUAGUGGAUGGGCAAAGAUUUAAAUGGGUUCCAUAUAUACCAGUAAACGGAAAAUGCGUAUUAAAUUGUAUGCCGAAAGGAGAGUACUUCUUCAUGCGCUGGGCAGACAAAGUGGUGGAUGGAACAACGUGCAAUAUUGACACGUAUGAUAUUUGUGUGGAUGGAAGAUGUGAGAAACUUGGUUGCGAUCUCAUUUUGAAUUCCAAUGCGAAAGAAGAUAAAUGUCGAGUGUGUAAUGGUAAAGGACAGAAUUGCAAAACACAGAAGGGGGUGAACAAGGAAGAAGGCGAUGGAUAUAAAGAAAUUCUGACGAUUCCUGCCAGUGCUACCAAUAUUGAUAUUCAGGAAAUGGCACCCUCGACGCAUUUCUUAGCUCUCUCUGACGUAUUCAGAAAUUACUUCUUUAACGGAGGCUAUCUCAUCAAAAAUCCCGCCAAGUACAAAGUUGCAGGCACCGUGUUUACUUACGAGCGAACCAGGUUUGGACAAGAGAGGAUAUUCGCUUUGGGACCUACAACAGUUCCUGUACAGGUGGAGGUUCUUUUUAUGGAAGGAGAAAAAAACCCAGGAAUUUCAUACGAAUAUUCUGUUCCAAACUCAGUGGUAAUAGACCCGAAGCCAUCUCAAUUUUCCUGGAGAACUGGCGAGUUUGAUAAAUGCAGCAAAACGUGCGCAGGAGGGGAGCGAAAGAGACGAGUAUUUUGUGUCCGUGAUGACAACGGAGAGGAAGUUUCUGACUCAGACUGUGCUGAAGAUCAGAAACCAUCCCACAAAAAAAGAUGUAAUACUCAACCUUGUCCCUCAAGUUGGUUCGUAAGUGCCUGGAGUGCAUGCUCUACUACAUGCGGUCAAGGCAAACAGGUCAGACGGGUACACUGUCAGCGCGCGGUAGAAGGAGGGGAGACUGCCAUUAUCUCAGAUGACCAGUGUUCAGAUCCAAAACCGAUCACUAUGCGCGCAUGCCAUAUGGAGAAAAACUGUCCUGAGUGGUCUAUGGGUCAAUGGUCAUCGUGUUCUGCCUCUUGUGGGAUGGGCAAUAAAUACCGAAAUGUCACGUGUGAGGCCUUUGAAACGGGUGCCAUUUUACCCCAAGAAAGCUGUGACCUCGCUUCGAAGCCGAAAGAAACCGAGAAGUGUAACCCAGGUCCUUGCACUGUAACCUGGCUUGCGUCGAACUGGAGCGAGUGUUAUCCAAAAUGUGGAAAGGGAAUGAGCACCAGAAUGGUUUAUUGCGUGGGCAUCGCCAACAACGAGGAAAAGUACCCGGAUGAACUUUGUGACAUUUCGUCUCGACCAAUCAGCAAGAAGGAAUGCUUAAGCGAAACCCCGUGCCCCGCCAUGUGGCACGCUUCCCAGUGGAGUAGGUGUACAGCUACAUGUGGUUUGGGGAUGCAAAUGAGAAAUGUUUUGUGUGCCAAACGAGAAGGAGCGAAAACCCUUCGCAUCAUGCCGAGUGAUCAGUGUAAAAGAGAACAAGAGAUGUCAAAGAUACAAAAGUGUUCUGUCCGACCCUGCCAGGCGGGCUGGUAUAUCUACCCUUGGGAACCGUGUUCCAAGUCCUGUGGCCAGGGUGUCAGACGAAGAAGUGUUAAGUGCUUCGCGGACUCAAAGGAGGACAUCGAAGAAAAAUGGUGCAAAGCGGAAGAUAAACCUGUGUCGGAAGAGAUAUGUGUCGAGAAAGAGUGCGAAGUUCCUGUUACGGUAACAACAACAGAGAUAAUUACCACCACCGAGCCAACGACACAAAAAAUUACCACAGUAAAUACUAUGACUAAAGUCAUCAACACAGCUGCAGAAACCACGACUGUGCCUCCGUUAACAACACCAGAAACAACGACUGAGCCACCGUUACCAACACGAGAAACAACGACUGUGCCUCCGUUAACAACACCAGAAACAACGACCGUGCCUCCGUUAACAACACCAGAAACCACGACUGUGUCUCCGCCAACAGCACCAGAAACCACGACUGUGCCUCCAUCAACAACACCAGAAACCACGACCGUGCCUCCGUCAACAACACCAGAAACCACGACUGUGCCUCCAUCAACAACACCAGAAACCACGACUGUGCCUCCAUCAACAACACCAGAAACCACGACCGUGCCUCCGACAACUGCUCGAAAGUUGCAGGCAGCGCAGAUCGUCCAACCUCCGAAGGAUACAAUGGCUUACGUUGGCACCGAAGUUUUGUUCCGUUGCCGAGCAACAGGCUAUCCAGCUCCCGUCAUCAGCUGGCGAAAAGGCGCCGUUCCUGUUAGCAGUCUGGAUUCAGAAAGGAUACAAAUACUUAAAAAUGGUGACCUGAGGAUCAUUGACAUUAAACAGAAAGAUAAUGACGUUUACUCUUGCUUUGCAACUAAUUGGGUCGGUCCAAUGCACACUGUAGAAGCCCGGUUAGCUGUAAUAGUCCCAGUCUCCAUUUCUGUAUCACCGAAAAAUAAGACCGUGAGUCCUGGUGAAGAUGUUAAGAUCACGUGCAAGUCAGGUGGUGUACCAAGCCCCAUAGUGGAGUGGUACAAGGACAAUUCUCUCAUAAGCAAGCAGGGAAGGGUGAGGGUGUCGAGAACCGAUGUUGUUAUUUCGCAAGUUCAGCCUUCUGACAGCGGAUAUUAUCAGUGCAGUGGUCGCAAUAACUACAGCGGAGCUAGCGACCAAAUGUAUUUGUAUGUGGUAAAGAGAGAAGAACCAACAGAGCCUCCUUACAAAUGCGAAGACAAUCCAGCGAUAGCCCACUGUCAGAUUGUCAGGAGAGUAAAUUACUGUUGCAUUCCCUAUUACAAGAAAGCGUGCUGCAAGACUUGUGAAGAUCUUUUACCCUCCUGUGAUUACUGAAUUGGCUAACUCCAUGGAAAAACAAUUUCAGGAGUGUUCCAGUUGAUGACUGUUGUCCUUAUAAGGAAUAUAUCUUUAUCACAUGUACAGCAGCAGAGAGCAGAACACUAGCAAAGUACUCGCGCUUUUUACAAAACCAAAAACAUAUUUUAAGAAGAGCUAUAUCGAACUUUUAUGGUGUCAAUUCUACUGGUGAAAGUAACAGCUUCCGAACUACAACAGUCGUGACGAUUUUGCGAUGCCAUCUUUUCUUCACUGUCAAGAGACAGUGACAGCUGAAUUUUUGUAUGAAUUCGAAUCGUACCUUUUGCUAAUAGUUGAUUCAAGAUUGUUUCAUAGUCUAGAAGUUCUAUAGCCAAAAUUUCCAUCAUAAGCUGUGUCAACAAAUGCAAUCUUUUCGUAUCAGAAGCUACUUACAGACACAGGCAAAAAUUCGUAAAGAAAUAUUUAUAAGAGAAAGCUUAUACUUAGCCUGAUGGAAACAAUUGAUUUCGUCAAGUCUGGUGUUUCAGUUUCGUUUCGUAUUCGGGGAAAUCAAAUAUCAUUAAAUAUACGAAAACUCAAACAGAA